UGCGUGGCGUCCCCGAAAAAAAAAAAAAAUUUCGUCGCUCGAGGCUCAAGGCUGUUUCCUUGGGAUAAAAUUGCGUCCUUGUGUUGGAGAAUUAGAGUAUUGCCUGUUUGUUGCUGAACUGAAUCAUGGAAAAUCCUGAGCCAGCUGACAUCGGUGAUGAGGUUGAGAAUACAUUAUUACUCCAAGAUUUGUCAGAUGAGGAGCAUACAGUCAGUAAAAAGUCCAAAAAGCCAGUGGAAACUAAAGCAUUCAACCCAGCCCUGCUACGAUGGACACUUUAUAGACUGAACAAGAAUACCCUCACUGCAAAGGAUCUUCGAAAAGGGUCAUUGUGGUCAUCAGUAACAUGCUUCGUGCUGUUAGUGUUUGCUGCACUUUUUGGUCUGGGUUUUUUGCAGCUUCAGUUAAAGUACCAAAGGGCUUAUUACAAUGUUCUUCCCUUUCAUUGUAUAUGUUUAAUUGUGUAUACUGUAACUUUUUUAAGAGGAAUAUAUAUUUUCAAGGAACCUUGUGUGUUCUGGAUUGUGUCUACAUAUUUGAUAUUAACAACUGAUGUGCACCAUAUUACCUAUAGUGAGAAGCUCGAAUGAAAAGAUUUCAAAAAGCUAGAAGUGGAAAUAUCCUAUAUUAUUUUAUCUUCAUUAUAUUUUGCGUAUUCAAACAUCAGCAUACCAUAGAGAAGAGUAGUUUCUGCUUGUACUUCAGAGGAAGCUUCUUAAGUUCAUGUUUCAACUCAAUGUUGCCA